UAUCCUUUCAAUAUAUUUACUAAUAUCACUUAUCUUUAUAUUGUUUAUCUAUUAAUAACAGCGACUGAUGAUUAUUGGUUUAUUGGAAAUCCAAGAUCAAUAAUGGUCCGACACAGCAUCCCACGGGUCGGCAUAUACCGGGGUGGAGAAUGGGGCGAAAGGGAUGAAGUAGAGAGAAGCCCCUCUAGUAAAAUAGAAGGGAAGCCAGAGAAUACAUUUCACAGCCUGGGUGGUAGUUAACGUAGUUGCAAGCUUAAAGAAGUGGUGGUCGCGCAGAACAUACAGAUGACAAGACACGAUCGGAGAUGCGUGGAGUCGUACGUGGUACAUUAUACUGUGCGUUAUGGUACGGCAGCAUAGUGGCUGGUUUUUUAUUUAUCGCUUGCCCUAUGUUACCGCUGUUAUUCCUCAGUCCUCCGAAAUUUCGAAAAUGCGGCGAUCGUUUAUUCUCCUGCUGGGAACUCUAUUCCACGGCCCUUUUAAAAAUGUUCGGUGUGAAAAUCGUGGUCUCAGGGGAUCAUAUAUUACCGGACGAAUCCGCUAUUCUGGUAAUGAAUCACAGGACACGUGUAGACUGGAAUUUUUUAUGGGCCGCGAUGUACCAGGCAUGUCUGCCUAGUAUAGCGGCUCAUAGAUUGAAGUUUGUUUUAAAGGACGCUAUACGACACAUUCCAGGGCCAGGAUGGAUAAUGCAAAUGAAUGGUUUCCUUUAUAUAACGCGUCGCUGGGAAGUAGACCGAGAUCGAUUGUCGCGGACGUUAGAUUAUUUAGUGGCCCUCGGCAGACGCUCCCAGUUGCUUAUAUUCCCUGAGGGUACCGACCUGACGAAAACCAGCAAAGAGAAAUCGGAUAAAUACGCGGUGCAACACGUUUUGCCGCAGUACACGUUCACGCUUCAUCCGAAAACGACGGGGUUCAGUUAUCUGGUUCGUCACCUUCAACAAUCAAGCUACCUCGACGCGGUUUACGACUUAACGAUAGGGUAUCCCGAUUACAUACCGCAGACCGAGGUGGACCUGAUUAAAGGGAAUUUACCGAGCGAGAUACAUUUUCAUAUUAAGCGCAUACCGUCGGCGGACGUGCCUACGCAGGACUUAACGUUGAGACGGUGGUUGGAAGACAAAUGGUUCGACAAAGAACAAAUAUUGAAUGAAUUUUACCAGGAGAAGAGAUUCUCUGCUGAAGCUUGGCCCUUAACGAGACUGCGCCCUUUAUACGUUGCUUUCGUAUUCUGGACUAUUUUAACUGGCGCUGCCGUUGUGUUAAUGUUUACUUCGCCGGUGUUUCAAUUAUGGGCACUGAUCCAUGCGGUGUUCUUCGUCGCACUGUCGCUGUUCACUACUGGUUUCAGUCAGCUCGAGAUGGGAUGGUUCUGGCGUUGGAAGUCGCACUUUUCUACAGCAAAGAAAUGUAGUUAAUAAAAUAUGAAAAGGAACUUACGUAAGUAAAGUCUACCAAAUUGUUCGAUUUAUUUGUGUCGUAUCACAUUAUUAUAAAUGUGCUCAACGUUUUCACAGAAAGUCUGCAUAUUUAUGUGAAUUUAAUAUAGAAUUUAUAGAAUGGCAAGCCCAUUCCAUUUAUUGAUAGCACAUUAUUGACGUAGUGUCGAAAUUUCAUUUAAGCAAUAUACUCGUUACGUAUAAUUUAGUGUAAAAUAUAUUGUUCGCAGCUAGUAAAAAUUCCUUAUUCCGAUUACUUACGUGCAUAUAAGGGAUUCAAGUAGCGUUAACAGUUUAUUAUGAUCUAUUCGUAAGAUCUAUUAACAAGGAACCAAUAUAUAAUCGAUUCUGAUGAAGUUUUAUAACUUUGUAUCUUCUUUUUCCCAGUCGACUGAUUGUAUGAUAAAAUUGUAUUUUUCUUGAACACUGUGAAAACGUUACGAAACGGAGAAUUGAUCUCAUAGGUAUGGCAUCACUACUUGAUAUAUUGCAGUGUGCGAAACCGAAUCUGUGGUACUGAAUUUAUUGAUAGUGUAGAAAAAAAUUGGUACUCUUUUUAGCAAUUAAUAUUAAUAGCUAUCCCAUCGACGAUCCUGCAUAAUUACAGGAUGACUAC